AUGGAAGCGAUCAGUCACGCUGGAACCUGCGUAGGAAUUCUGACUAGCGAAGGCGCUUUACUCGCCGCCGAAAAUCGCAACGUCCACAAACUUCUCGACUCUUCCGUCUUCUCAGAGAAAAUCUAUAAGCUUAACGAAGACAUGGCAUGUAGUGUGGCCGGGAUCACUGCAGACGCGAAUGUUCUGAUAACAAUUCUGCGCCAGCAUGCGCAAAAGUAUUAUCGGCAAUACGGCGAAAUGAUUCCGUGUGAGCAGCUCGUUCAACAUUUGUGCGAUUAUAAACAAGCAUACACGCAGUACGGAGGCAAGAGACCCUUUGGCGUCAGCCUACUGUACAUUGGCUGGGAUAAGCAGUACGGAUAUCAGUUGUACCAGUCUGAUCCGAGUGGAAAUUACAGUGGCUGGAAAGCGACAUGUAUCGGAAAUAAUAGUCAGGCUGCUAUAGCGAUGCUGCAACAGGAGUAUAAGAUGGGCGAAAUGACAUUAAAAUCGGCAAUGAAUCUUUGCUUCAAAAUUCUCGCCAAAACUAUGGAAGUGAAGAUAUCAGCUGAAAAAGGUGUCAGGGAGAACUUUAGCAAAAUUCCUGUGCCCUUGUCUUUCACUCGUUUUGCUCAAGUAGUGAAAGCUGCUGACAUGUCUUACGAGGGUGAUCAUUUGGGGUGA